UACAAAUGUCAGGAGAAAUGGAGGGUGGAGAAUUGCAUAAAUAGUACUUGGUUUUCAUUUAUCUCCCGUUCAAGGCAGUUGUGCAAAGGUCUGGUCUGGUCUCACUAUCGCUUAAAAUUACGUAUUAAGUACAAGUUUAUAACAUGGGGACUUUCACAAAAAUCCUGUUAGCAAGUAUAUGUGUUGCCUUCAUAGCCGUCAAGUGGAGUGCACCUAGUUUCAAUCCAGAAUCUCUCAGAGGUGCCAGGGUAUUGCUGACUGGAGCCAGUACGGGCAUUGGUGAACAAAUGGCAUAUCAUUAUGCCCGCUUUGGAGCCCAGUUAGUUAUUACAGCAAGGAGGGAGAAAGUGUUACAGCAGGUGGCAGAGAAGUGCUUGAGUUUGGGAGCCCAGAAAGCACUUUACAUAGCAGCAGACAUGGGCAGCGAGUCAGACCCCGAGAAAGUGGUAGAUUUUGCUCGGGAAAAGCUUGGAGGGUUGGAUUACCUGGUUCUCAACCACAUUGGCCCGAGCCCCUUCAGCAUGUGGGAGGGAAAUGUCGAACACGUCAGGUGGCUGAUGAAGGUGAAUUUCUUCAGCUAUAUUCAGAUGGCUUGGAAAGCUUUGGACUCCCUCGAGCAAAGCAAAGGGUCACUGGUGAUUGUUUCAUCACUUCUAGGUAAAAUGCCCAGUCCCUUCGUGGCACCGUAUACCUCAACAAAAUUUGCGGUGAACGGUUUCUUUGGGGCCCUUUACCAUGAGCUAGCUAUGAGGAAGAGUAAUGUGUCCAUCUCUAUAUGUACACUGGGGCUCAUUGAUACUGAUUCUGCCAUGGAGAAAGUCAGGGGAGUCACUGAUGUACCAGCAUACCCUGCCACAGAUGCAGCCUUGAACAUCAUCAUUACAGGAGCUACAAGACAGCCAGAGCUCUUCUACCCUUGGUUCACCCACAUUGUGAAUCUAAGCAAAGACUGGAUCCCUUCUGCCACAAGUUAUAUCAUCCAGAACUCCUACAAAUACGAUCCAUGAAAAAUAUUUAUCUGUAGUGCUGUUAUACAUUUUUUCAAUCAAAUACAUGGACAUAUCAUGAAUUUCUAUCCGUCUAUCUAUCUAUAUAAUAGGAUUAGAGAUUUGGCAUCAUAUUUAUAAUGUAAGGAUAUACACAGUAUAGAUCCACUUCCCAAAUUUAGCCUUGAUAUUGUGGUUCACCCAGAUUUUUUGCCCUAAUCUUUAACUUUCCAUUUGGGAAAUCAUUUACCUCACAGGCAAAUGGAUCAGGUUACUAUAUAUAACAAACUGGACCUUGUCCUCCUUUCCUCAUCUUGCUUUUGGGAGAGGUCCAGUUCUAUAAAGUCCACAGGGGAGAAAAGCUCAUGGUUUGGGUUGUUUCCUCAUGGCCUACCUCAAAGAGAUUAAAAAGGGGUUAGUUCCUGUCUGCAGCGGUCAUGGACAGUGCAAUCCACCACCAGCUACUGCACCAACAGAUAUCAGGUGCAAAUUCAAUAAAAAAACACCUAUUUUACCACUCAAAAGACGACACAGCGGGAGAAUGUCCUGCCUGCAAGUCACACCAGGAAAAGGAAGAUGCUGAAGAACAGGAGACACUUCUUCUUCCUCAAGUGAUAUUCAGUGGUGGUUGGAACAUCAGACUUUUCACAUUACAGAACCUCUGUGGUAAAAGUGACAAACAUGGUACACUCAAAAAGUCAUUCAGGGGACAUUACUCCAUUGCUUCAUUAAAUUCAAAUUCAGUGAUUUAAUCAAACUUUUUGAAUGCAAACAUAAUACCACUCUAAUUUCUGCAUCUUACAACUGUAACUAAUUUAAUUUCCAGUUUCUUUGUUCAUUAAAAAGAAAAUAGGGCUGUACAAUUAAUAAAAAAUAUUAUCAAAAUCACAAUAUGGCCAAGUGCAAUAUCCAGCUUACACAACCUGCAAUCUUUUUUUGAUAAAGGUAAAAAAGUGUCACAACAUACCAUAAAUUGAGCACUGUGGUGCUAAAGAGACGCCCGGCCUACAAAUCAUAUUCUCCAGAUGUAAGGUAACAUGUUUGUUUGGUACAUGCCCAAACAAAAAUCACAUCAUCAUCAUCAUUUUUUUAAUUUUUUGUUUUUUUUAGUAAAAAUGAUAUUGCAAUAUCUGUCAAAAAUAAUCAUGAUAUGAUCUUUUUUUGGAUACCGUUCAGGAUUAAUAAAAAACGAAAUUCAA